CGAGCGGCGAAGGCAAUGUCGCGCUUGCGCAGUGCCGUUCUGUGCGUGCGGCUGGGCAGGAAGGAUCUCCACGGUUGCGGACGGCUGGCCGGGAAAGCACUUACUGUCAUGGCGGCAGCCGAAGUGGGAUUAGACGGCGGCGCGGCCAAUGCCGGCAUGAGGCCGGACGCCGGGACGCAGCGGGCAGAACUCAUGCCACUAUUGGGGGUGGCUCUGCGACCGGGAGAGUCCUGGUUCCUAAUUGACAGCCGGUGGUUCAAACAAUGGAAGAAAUACGUGGGCUUCGACAGUUGGGACCUGUACAACGUUGGAGAGCCCAAUCUCUUUCCAGGACCGAUUGAUAACUUGGGCCUAUUCGCAGAUUCAGAAGCUCAGACUCUGAAAGAGCAUCUCAUUGAUGAGUUGGAUUAUGUGUUAGUGCCUACUGAAGCCUGGAAUAAACUAGUAAAUUGGUAUGGCUGUAUAGAGGGACAGCUACCAAUUGUGAGAAAAGUUGUGGAGUAUGGUCUGUUUGUGAAGCACUGUAAAGUAGAAGUUUACCUUUUGGAGUUGAAGUUGUGUCAGAACAGUGAUCCUGCUAAUCUUGUGAGCUCUUAUUUCAGCAAAGCAGACACUGUUGCUACCAUCGAAAAAGAAAUGCGAAAGCAAUUUAGUGUUCCUGAUGGGAAAGAAAUUAGGCUGUGGAGCAGAUACAUGAGUAAUACCUAUGAGCAGCUAAGCAAACUUGACAGUACUAUACAAGAUGCGGGGCUGUAUCUGGGACAGGUAGUGUUAAUAGAAGUGAAGAAUGAAGAUGGUACAUGGCCCAGGCAAUCUUCUCUGACAAAAUCAAGCACUGCAACAAGCAGAAAUCUAGCUACCUCUUCAAAAUCAUCAACAAGCUCUUGCUCCUCAAUAGUUGCCUCUUCAACCAUUGUAAAUGGUGAUAGCAAUAACUCCUAUAGCUUGAACUGCUCCAGCCUUGGCAAAGGAGGCUCUAGCUUUUCUUGUAACUCCUACAACAACAGGGAGAGCCCUCUUCAGUCACAGCCUGGUCUCUGUGGGCUUAGUAACCUAGGAAAUACGUGUUUCAUGAACUCUGCUUUACAGUGUUUGAGUAACACCCCUCCAUUGACUGACUAUUUCCUGGAAGAUGAGUAUGAAGCUGAAAUAAAUCAGGAGAAUCCUCUGGGAAUGAGAGGAGAAAUUGCAGAAGCAUAUGCAGAGCUCAUCAAACAGAUGUGGUCUGGGAGGCACUCUCACGUGGCCCCCCGCAUGUUCAAAACCCAGGUUGGCCGCUUUGCUCCUCAGUUUUCAGGGUACCAACAACAAGAUUCCCAGGAGCUCCUGGCCUUUCUUCUAGAUGGCUUACAUGAAGAUCUAAACCGAGUAAAGAAGAAACCUUACUUGGAGUUGAAGGAUGCUAAUGGCAGGCCUGAUUCGGUGGUAGCAAAAGAAGCUUGGGAGAAUCAUCGAUUGCGUAAUGACUCUAUAAUUGUAGAUAUUUUUCAUGGUCUCUUCAAAUCUACAUUGGUUUGCCCUAAAUGCUCUAAAAUUUCUGUGACUUUUGACCCUUUUUGCUACUUAACUCUUCCAUUGCCCUUGAAAAAAGAUCGAACCAUGGAGGUUUUCUUGGUUUUUGCAGAUCCAGAGCACAAACCUACUCAGUAUAGGGUGGUUGUGCCAAUGAUGGGGGGUGUAUCUGACCUGUGUGAUGCACUCUCAAAACUCUCUGGGAUUCCUGCAGAAAAUAUGGUGGUGACAGAUGUUUAUAAUCACCGAUUCCACAAAAUUUUCCAAUUGGAUGAAAGCUUAAGUCAGAUUAUGCCAAAGGACAACAUCUUUGUAUAUGAAGUUUGUAAGCCAACUGAAGAUGGUGCUGAAUGUGUCACUCUUUCAGUUUACUUCAGAGAAAAGAAAGCAAGACAGUCCAGCGCUACACCAGGGACUGUUCUGUAUGGCCAACCACUACUCAUAGCUAUACCCAGACACAAGCUCACCCUAGAUUACUUGUACAAUGUUAUAUUGGAGCGGAUUAGCCGCUAUGUAAAACUGCCUUUGAAGGAAGAAUAUUCUGAUGUAUGUCCAGAUAGUGAGGCCUGCAAUGGCUCCAGUGGUGUGUGUGAAGGUGAAGUUGAAGCGAUGGAACAUCAGAAUGGAGAGGAAGGCAAUAAGGAAAAAAUACCAGAAACAGAUGCCUGCAAGUCAGAGGGCUGCAUGCAGGAUGAAAAAGAGGGCCUGCACCGCAGAAAGCAUCUCUUCAGCUUCAGUGUUGUGAAUUCCUAUGGGACAUCAGAAAUAAACUCCCUUACUACAGAGGGGAAAAUCCUCAAGUUGAGUUCUCAUGCUACUCUUGCUAUUGACUGGGAUUCUGACACCAGGAAGUUGCUUUUUGAUGAACAUGAGGCACAGGCAUUUGAAAAACACAGCAGUAUGUUUCAGCCACAGAAGAAGAAAACUACUGUAGCUCUUAAAGAUUGCAUAGAACUGUUCACUACUAUGGAAACACUUGGUGAACAUGAUCCCUGGUACUGUCCUAAUUGCAAGAAACAUCAGCAAGCCACUAAGAAAUUUGACCUCUGGUCACUUCCUCGUAUUUUGGUAGUGCAUUUGAAACGCUUCUCAUACAACAGAUACUGGAGGGAUAAACUUGACACUGUGGUUGAAUUCCCUAUCAGGGAUUUGAACAUGUCUGAGUUUGUUUGUGACCCAGCAGCAAGCCCAUAUAUGUAUGAUCUCAUUGCUGUUUCCAAUCACUAUGGAGGCAUGGGUGUGGGCCACUGUCAAGAGGUGUCUGUUCCAGGGGCUGAAGGUGCCUGCCCUGAGCUGUGGCAUAGGGAUCUGGAGAUGCACGAUACUGCAUAUGCUAAGAAUAAAGUCAAUGGCAAAUGGUACUACUUUGAUGAUAGCAGUGUGUCUCCAGCAUCCGAAGAGCAAAUAGUGACAAAAGCAGCAUAUGUACUAUUCUACCAACUCAGAGAUGGCAUGCUGAAGGGAAACCCAUCUCCCUGCACAAGCAUUGAGCUGAAAUCAGAGGAAUGUGAUGGCAUGGAUACUAACUGAACCUAUGUGGUGGAGUUGAAACGAGUCACGUUGCUUAAUUUGAAAAUGCAUCCGAGAACUGAUUUUGUAAGACUCAAACGAGAAGUCCAGUACAGAAGGAGUCAGUGAGCAGUAAAAAUGGAAACACAGGGGAAGCAAUAAGAUGUCAAGCACUUGGGUAUAUCGUAGCCAAAGAGUUUUAAACCAACUAUAUCUUAGCUGUUCAAUCAAGGGUUCUCUAAAUAUGACCAUGUAUUCUGGCAGAUACUGUGUGGAACCAGGGAUUAUGCUGUUUGACUGGAGCAAUGCAUGUCAGGAAAGAGGUGCUGGGUUGUAAGAGGAAACUCAAAAGUGAUUGUAAGUAGGUUCGAACUCUGUGGUUCGAACUCUGUGCAUUGUAGAAAAUGCAUGAGCUUUGAGGUAACUAUGUACCGCAGAAGUGAACAUUUGGCACAAGUUUCAAUCUUGUGUAGCACAUCUUGCCACCAAGUCCACUGCUGAUAAGGCAUGGUGAGCUUGUGCUUUUUAAAAAACAAAAAUUUAAAAAUUGCAUGUUUGUCCUGGCCCAUUGUGUCCUAUACAGAAGUCUGCUGUAACCAGCAUCUCACAAAUAAAGCACUUAUUUAAGAUUAAAGAAAUAAUCCCAAAGAUGAACUCUGCCCCUCCCCAAUCUUUCCAACAGUAUUGUUCAUGAGACCUGUUCUUCACCAAAAUCCUCUGGAACAUUUAUUUGCUCUAACUCUCAAUCUUUUUAGUAGAGGUCACAUGGUAACCUACAUACUUUAUUCGUAUGUCUCAUUAGGGAGCUGCAACAACUUUCCUUGACAGCUGUUGAGAUUCAGUCUCCAAUUGUGUUCUGUUUUUGUACAGUUUUAGCAGUGCCAGGAAAAGUUCGGAGACCAUAAUAUCUUGAAGGCUACACAGGAAUGGAUAUCCAGUGGCUUGUCUCCUUUUAGAUGUUCUCAUAUCUAUUUUUCUUUCUAGCCAUUUUAAUUCUGUUUCCUUGUGUAAUCUGCUGUUGCCCUUGUACCUCCUUAGGCAUUUUUCCCAUUGGUUGAGAAAUGCAAGACAAAAUGUUGUUUGACUCAUUCCUACCCACAUCCACUUCUCUAAACCUCUGCGUAUUAGAGUAGGGCCUAUAAUUAUACCCAUCAAAGCAGGAUGAAAGACAAGGGCCUUCUAGGGAAGGAGCUUUCUGGUAACACCAUAGAAUUCCAUGUGCACAGCUAUGACGGCUUGAGACAUUUGUUGUUUAAACAUCAUGGGUUUGAAGCCAUCUUGCCACCUAUGUAAGGGUGUUUCAGUUUUGCUCUGAACACGUUCUCAAAGAUUCUCUUCAGCAAAAGUAAGAAAUGUUCCUUUCCUAGACUGGUUCUGUGCUAAUCUUGAUCUGUACAAUACCAGGCAAGGGGUAACCAAUGGUAGAGUCCGGGCACAUCAUUUUAGCAGAAUUGGUUAAAAGUAAUCAAGUGUUCAUUUAGGUUAUAGCAGAAGAGUCCUCUUUGCUGUCACCUGCAUUCUGCUCACUGACAAUCUUCCAGUGAUUACUAUACAGACCUCUAAAGUAGUCCUUCUAAAAUACUGAAAUUUGAGUUUGGUUCAGUUCUUGAUGCUUCUGGAUUUUUUUAAUUGGUUUGAGGGCUUGCCUCAACUGGAUAUUAUUUUCCUGUGCACUUGGGAUGGUGGGUGGGGUAAGGGUUGGAAUUAUUUAAAGGCUAAGUUCAAACUGUAGCAUUGCACUGUUUUGUUUUUGUUUUUUCCUGUUUUUCUGGGUUAUGUUUUCUUUGGAAUGUAACAUUUGGACAGAAAAGGAAACAAAUAUUUAAAAGCAAAGGACAAUUUCAUGUAACCGUAUGUAUUUCUGUUACAUACUGAUUGCAGCAAUCUUUUCACUGCUCUUAGUAUGGUCAGAGCACAUUUGUGUUUAAGUGAGUUUUGGGCUCCUGAACUAAAUUUCUUCCAAAUGCUGUAAAGAUGGUAUUAGGGAUCUGGAUUUGCCUCUGACCAGGCUGGAUCCUAGCUGGUGUGUACAUUCUGUAUAGUGUCAAAGUAUGUUUUUAGACUAGCACUUUGUAAGUUACUUGCUUUACUGUAUAAAGGACAAAAAUAAAAAUGAGUGGAUUGCGCUGA